GAAUGGAGAUGACGGGCAUGGCCGCCUCGGUUCGCUUGGUGCAGAUCGAGAACGCUUCGCUCCGGUGGCAGAUCCUGCCCUGCGCCAACUGAAUCGGAGGCGGAGAGCAACGACCUCAAUCGCCCGCACUGUCCAAUCUGCCCAAUCCCGUCGGUCGAAGUUCAAGUCACGAAAACCUCUUUGGUUCCAGGGAUAAGGUUGCAAGUGUCAACUCUCUCUAGACCCAAGAUUAAGAGGUGGAUAACCUCUCUCUCUACCUGGCAUAUUACAUGAUCCUCGCUGUUACUACAAAUAAUUUAUGACCAAAUCAACUUCCUGGCUCCAGAGAUAACAACUUAAAACCUUUUCCAACCUUUUGUAAGUCAAAAGAGGUCAAGGUGGUGCUUGUGGUCCAGUGCAAAUCUCUCUGGUGGAGAAUAUCUGGAGGUAGCAGCUUCAAGAAGCAACAGCAAGUCACAUUUAAAGGGCACUGCCAAUUGGAGGCGAUCAAACUCAGUUCAAUGGCUCGAUCAUUGCUGAUAACGGAAGAGGUUGUGGAAUGUUGUAAUUGGUGAAGGCUGUGAAGUGAAUGACAAUUAGCAUCUCUCUGCUAAGGUAUGGGUCCACCAUGGAUGAACGGUUGAGAUGGGAAUUGUACGAUUUUAUUUACCCUGCAUGAAUUGGAGAGCAUCUGCCACGGAGUAGAUUCUCCUCAUCCCGUCUCGCUCCUCUCUUUCCCUCGGUUCUCCUCCCCAUGCCUCCCUCCCUCCAAAAUGACGUCGCCGCCUCCAGCGUCUCUCUCCGCCGCCCCUCUCCGCUUCCACCUUCUCGCCUCUACAAUUCAACUUUCCUUUCCACCCAAGUGCUGUCCGGUUGCAGCCCGCAACCUCUCCAUCCGUCGGCGCUUUCGAUCCUCCUGCGCUUUUGCCUCCCAUUCUCCUCCGCCCUCUGCCGCUAGCCAGCGAUGGGACACGCUCACUGCCAGGUUCGCCGGGGCGUCCAACCUCCCUUUCCUCCUCAUCCAGCUUCCCCAGAUCCUCCUCAACUACCGCAACCUCGUCUCCGGCAACAAGGCCGCCCUUCUCGCCGUCCCCUGGCUCGGGAUGCUGACGGGACUUCUCGGGAACAUGACCUUGUUGUCCUACUUCGCCAAGAAGAAGGAGGUGGAGGCGAUCGUGGUUCAGACGCUCGGCGUGGUGUCGAUCUAUGUCGUCCUGGGGCAGCUUGCGAUGGCCGAAGCCAUGAGCCUUCCGUACUUCGCUGCCAUAUCAGUGCUCGUAGUGUCCGGGCUCGUCUUGAACUUUGUGAACUACUUUGGCUGGCUUCAUGAGGGGUUGUGGCAACUUUGGGAGGACUUCAUUACGGUGGCUGGGAUCUCUGUUCUGCCUCAGGUGAUGUGGUCGACGUUUGUUCCAUUCAUUCCAAAAAGCAUCUUGCCAGGAACAAUAUGUUGCAUUAUAGCAGUAGGGGCUAUCAUUUUGGCACGUCUGGGAAAACUUUCGGACAGGAUGGUGAAAUUCAUCAGGUCAAUAUCUGGAUGGACAGCCACUCUACUUUUUAUGUGGAUGCCUAUUGCACAGAUGUGGACAACUUAUCUCAAUCCAGAUAACAUCAAAGGCUUAUCAGCUUUCACUAUCUUGCUUGGCAUGAUUGGGAAUGGUCUGAUGAUUCCUCGUGCACUAUUUAUCCGUGACCUGAUGUGGUUCACUGGUGCAUCUUGGGCUUCGUUUCUGCACGGGUGGGGUAAUUUGGCCUGCAUGUACUAUUUCAAGAGUAUCAGUUGGAAGUUUUUCUUAGGAGCAACACUCAGCUUAUUCGUAUGGACAGGAAUAGCCCUCUGGAGAGAUACCAAAGCUUAUGGAUACAGUUCACCCAUGAUAUCUCUGCAAGAACUGGUUUCAGGAACUUGAUGUGCAAGGUUUUGGCACCUGAUGGUUCUCCAUAGAAAUCAAUCCCAAACUCCAUGGCUCUCAUGCUCUGCCAGUUUACCAAGCUAUUCAGCACUGCUGCGUCCUGUGUCAAUCCCAAUGGAGCCACAGAGGGUCAGCUAUAUGAAGAUAUGUUGUCUGAUUGUAUUCAGGUGUAUUGUAAACAUGUUUGCCAAUUAUACACUGUGCCUGUGUAAAUUAUAGUGUACAGCUUUAAAUUACAAUCAUGUUCUGUUGAGACAAAUUAGAAGAAUGGAUAUGAUUCAAUCAUGUAUAUUUUGAUCCAAAAUAUAUACAUUUGUUCCAAAAUUGGCAACUUA